AUGGCUUCAGUUGCAUCGGGUCUCUUCAAGUCUCUACCAAAACCCAAAUACACAGGUGAAGAUGAAGAGAUUCCAUCUCACGCGCAGCAGCGUGGACCCCGAGUGCUCGGCGCGGGUGCCCUCGAUGAGAGCCAGGUUGUAUUAAGGAGAACCGGACCUCCACCAUACGGCAACAGAACGGGAUGGCGACCGAGAGCACCUGAAGAUUUCAGCGAUGGCGGCGCCUUUCCAGAAAUUCUCGUUGCACAAUAUCCGCUAGAUAUGGGUCGUAAAGGUGCCCAGUCAACGUCUAACGCGCUCGCAGUCCAGGUCGAUGGAGAAGGAAAAGUCAAAUACGAUGCCAUUGCGCGACGGGGUCAUAGCGAUAACAGAAUCGUCCAUGCCUCAUUCAAAGACCUCAUCCCACUUCGACAACGUGUAGAUAUGGGCGAAAUCUCUCUCGAUCGGCCGUCGGAAGAAGAAGUAGCUGAACAAAUGGAAAAGACAAAAGAUGCUCUGGCCAGAUUGGUCACUGGAGCUGUUGCAGCUCAGAAACCCAAAAACGUUCGUGGUGGACAGAGAGCUGAUCCUACAUUUGUGCGAUACACCCCGGCAAAUCAGAUGGGGGAUACAAGUAGGAAAAAUGAUCGUAUUAUGAAGAUUAUGGAGCGACAGCAAGAUCCCAUGGAGCCCCCGAAAUUCAAACACAAGAAGAUUCCACGUGGUCCCCCGUCACCACCCCCGCCAGUAAUGCACUCUCCGCCACGAAAAUUGACCGCCGAAGAUCAAGAAGCAUGGAAAAUCCCACCGCCAGUGUCGAACUGGAAGAAUCCUAAAGGUUAUACAGUGCCUCUCGAUAAGCGUCUAGCAGCAGACGGUCGAGGUUUACAAGACGUCACAAUCAACGAUAAAUUCGCGCAGUUUGCCGAAGCACUAUUUACAGCCGACCGACAUGCCAGAGAAGAAGUCCGGCAACGAGCACAAAUGCAGCAAAAACUGGCUGAAAAGGAGAAGGCGCAAAAGGAAGAACAUUUGCGACAAUUGGCACAAAAGGCGCGCGAACAGCGAUCUACUGCGGCAUCGAGUCGUCGAGAGUCUCGUGCGAGGUCUUUUAGUGGUAGUCGCAGCCCUUCACCUGCAUAUUCGUCGCGAUCAGUCUCACCUAGCGACGAUGAGUCGGCGGCUCGAGAGCGGGAGAAGGCUCGUCGUGAGCGCCGACAGGAAGCGGAGCGACAACUGCGACAAUCUCGUAUGGGCACAGAACGUCGUAUUCAGAUGCUUGCACGGGAGCAAAAUCGUGAUAUUUCGGAGAAAGUGGCGCUGGGACUAGCGAAACCUACCCAAAACACAGAGUCUAUGUAUGACUCGCGCUUGUUUAAUCAGACUAGUGGACUGGGAACGGGAUUCAACGAGGACAAUCCUUACGAUAAGCCACUAUUUGCAGCUCAGGAUGCUAUUAGUAGUAUUUAUCGUCCUCGCGCGCAGGCAGACGAUGAAUACGAUGAGGAUGCCGCCUCCGGUGAAAUGAGCAAGAUCCAAAAGAGUGGUCGUUUUGAAGUUCUCGGACGAGCAAAGGAGGGAUUCCGGGGUGCAGCAGAAGCUGAGGCUCGCGAUGGCCCUGUUGAGUUUGAAAAGGACACUGCAGAUCCGUUCGGCAUUGAUAGUAUGAUUGCCGAUGUGACCGGUGGCAGUUCAAGCGCCGGUCAAAAGCGGUACGGUAUUCAACAGGCUGAUCGAGAUGAAGAUGGAGGUCGAGGAUCGAAGCGGGCGAGGGUAGAAGAGGAGGACUAAUUUGCAUAUCCUGACCGUUAUGUCUAGCAGAAGGAUGAUUUUGAACUAUGCAAUCAUGGCGUUGUGUAAAAAUAGUGAAUAUUGGUUCAUAUACGAGGCUUGGACUUACGUCUAUAUUCGAACGUAUGCUAGGAUGUAUUCCUUGCCUCCUGGCUUCUAUGCUUACAUCUUAGACGGGCUUUUAUCAACGAUUUGACCACAUCUUCGUC